UGCGUCACUUCCUGAACAAGGCUAGCGAAGCCAGUUUAGGGCAGUCAAAGCCAUACUUCUCGGUAUCGCGUGCGCUGUCAACAUCCAGCAUACACAUACACUUUACCGGAUAAUACAACUCGGUGCGCGCGCGCGUGGUAGUUUCUCCUAGAUCAACAACGCGCUUCAUCAUGGCUUUAAGGUGAUCUUCAGUCCAGGUGGUGCUGGCGUGUAGACCUGCCUUAGCAGUCUCGUCUCGUCUCGUCUGGUCUCAUCUCGUGUCAUGUCCUGUCCUUGCUGAACUCUAGCUGUUCAGAGUUACGCAGUUAGUGCUGGACAAAAUGACCAAACCGUCUUCUCGUGUACGAUAUGGGAUGGACGGCAGUGCUGGCUGGGGCUUUUGACGACGCGUCAGUCUCUGAGGUCUGCCUUUUUCAGGGUCCGCAUCGUGAGAGAGCGAGAGCGUGAGAGCAAGCUCUUCCACAGGAACAGGCUGCCUUGGGCCCUGGUGCCACAGGUUUUAAGGUAAGUAUCCGUACUCUUUGGACGUGAGCUGGAGCAGGAGCCCAGGAUGGAGAAGGAGGACCUGAUGAUUAUUAAUAAGGGGCUGGAGGAUGAAAUGGUAAGCUCGUCUGCCCGCACCUUCAAAUCCAUUCGAUCAUACAACGCGUUCUAGUUGUAAAGACGAACUAAUUGUAAGGUAUUCACUGGGCAGAUUAGCGAGACUGUAGCCGGCACGAGUAGCCGUAACUGAAGCGUUAGUGCUGCAGCUGUAUUCUUGCUCCAUGACCUAGUGUCCUGGCUCCCUACGUGCAGCUGUUUAGGAAAGUUAGCGCAUCAUGCAGAGGGUUACAUAACGUGUUCACGUGACCGUGGAGGGGGAAGCAGCUUUUCUCUUAUGAUCUUACUUACCUUACCUCACUCCUACCAUAACUGUAAUAUAUAUGUGCCGUUACCAUGGACGAGAGCUUGACUCGUAACGGCAGUCGUUGGGGCAGUUAAUAUCAUUUGUAAUCCGUGACUAUAUAACCGAUUCACACUCUAAAGUCCGUUUUGCAUGGUGGCGGUGCAGCGUCAUUGCAGCGAAUACUCUGGUGUUGGUUAAAAUGUACAUUUCUUGAGAUUUCUAACCGGAAAAAAAAAAUCUUGCCGACGUAACAAACGUUGUGAACGUAUACAGUGGUUACUGCAGGUCUUUGCACCUCAUAUUUACUAAAAUCGUUACCAGAAGAGUGUAUUUGGAAUGGGCACUUUGGUGUGAAGGUCAGGUGUCCACAUACUUUUGGUCACAGAGCAUGGCCAUGUUGUGUUUUCUGCUCUUUGCUCAGUACGGGGAAAUAUGUGUCACAGUUAUUGUCCAUGAUAGACUUCAUAGCGCUACAAGUUCUGGAGCACCCCCUUUUAAGGUCCUGAAUGAAACUUUUUAUCUAUUCGGUGGCAAACACCGGUGUAAGAGCUGUGUCUAUGUCACAGGAGAUGAGAGGGUACAAGCUGUGCCGCUGGAAGCUGGCCUUGGUGGCAAUGGGUGUGCUGUGUACCGGAGGCUUUCUCCUGCUGCUGCUCUACUGGUUGCCCGAGUGGUGUGUCAAGGGCACGUGCACCCGCACAACCAUCCGCGACGCCCAGGUGGUACUGCUCCAGAGCACUGAUGAGUUUAAGCGCUGGUUCCUGGCUAAGGUGCGUGUGAUGCUGGCCCCGGGAAAGGACCCUUAUAGCAGCCUGGAUUCGGAGAGCACCACCCACAUGGCCAACGGCCACACCCCCCACCCCUCUGACGCCUCAGCCAAAGGCUUCAUCAGAAAAUAUGCAGAGUACCAGCCUGUACAGAUCCGUUAUUUUACACUCCAUAGCGCAAAGUACUACUGGAACGAGGCUGUCCAAAAUUAUGAAGUGUUAACGGGUCUCGAGGACUUGGAGCCUAGGUGUUCCAGCAUCCACUCGGAGCAUAGUGACGGCCUCAACCGAAACCAACAGGAGUACAGGAGACUAUUUUUUGGAGUGAAUGAAAUCUCUGUCAAAGUGCCUUCCCUUUUCAAGCUGCUUAUCAAGGAGGUCCUCAACCCCUUUUACAUCUUCCAGCUCUUCAGCAUUAUCCUGUGGUGUUCUGACGAAUACUACUACUACGCUAUGGCUAUAAUGUUAAUGUCAAUCAUAUCGAUAGCUACCUCUCUGUACACCAUCAGAAAGCAAUAUAUCACGUUACACGACAUGGUGGCUACCCACAGUACUGUUCGUGUAUCAGUCUGCAGAACCAAUAACGAGAUUGAAGAAGCUUUGUCUACAGACCUUGUCCCAGGUGAUGUCAUGGUCAUCCCGAGCAACGGAACCAUCAUGCCCUGUGACGCAGUGCUGAUUAGUGGAACCUGCAUCGUCAACGAGAGCAUGCUUACAGGUGAAAGUGUGCCCGUCACGAAGACUAACCUGCCCAACCCUCAACAUGGAGACAGGGGGUCUGACGGGGACAAAGUGUACGAUAUGGAAGAGCAUAAGAAGCACACGCUGUUCUGCGGCACACACAUCAUCCAGACCCGGUUCUAUUCAGGAGAACUGGUUAAAGCUGUGGUGGUCAGGACGGGCUUCAGUACAGCCAAGGGACAGCUGAUUCGAAGCAUCUUGUACCCUAAACCCACAGACUUUAAGCUUUACAGAGAUGCCUAUAUGUUCCUGCUUUGUCUUGUUGGAGUGGCUGGUGUUGGCUUUAUCUACUCAAUCGUGUUGAGCAUAAUGAAUGAGGUUCCUGCUAAAACCAUCAUUAUCGAGUCGCUGGACAUCAUCACCAUCACAGUGCCACCCGCACUGCCUGCGGCGAUGACGGCGGGUAUCGUGUACGCACAGCGACGUCUCAAGAAACUUGGCAUCUUCUGUAUCAGUCCGCAGAGGAUCAACAUCUGUGGCCAACUCAACCUUAUCUGCUUUGACAAGACAGGCACGCUCACUGAAGAUGGCUUGGAUAUGUGGGGCGUGCAGAGAGUAGAGAACAGCAGGUUCCAUCACUCAGAGGAGAACGCCUAUAAAGAGAGUCUGGUGAAGUCUCACUUUGUGGCCUGCAUGGCCACGUGCCACUCUCUCACCAAGAUCGAGGGCCAACUCUCUGGAGACCCUCUGGACCUGAAGAUGUUUGAGGCCACUGGCUGGAUCCUGGAGGAGGCCACCGAAGAGGAGACUUCUCUUCAUGAACGCAUCAUGCCCACUGUGGUGCGCCCACCCAAGCAGCUCCUUCCUGAACCUGUGAUGUCACCGGAGCAGGACAUGGAGCUGUACGAGCUGUCGGCUUCUUACGAGAUCGGAAUCGUGCGGCAGUUCCCCUUCUCCUCAGCGUUGCAGAGGAUGAGCGUGGUGGCUCGGCUGCUCGGAGAAAAGCGAAUGGACGCCUACCUCAAGGGGGCGCCUGAGGUUGUGACAAGUCUAUGCAAGAAAGAGACCGUGCCACAGGACUUUGCAGAGGUGCUGGAGAACUACACUAAACAGGGUUUCCGCGUCAUCGCACUGGCACACAGGCGCCUGGAGUCCAAACUGACCUGGCAUAAAGUACAGAACAUUAACAGGAAUCACAUAGAGACGAACAUGGAGUUCUUGGGUCUGAUCGUUAUGCAGAACAAGCUGAAGCCCGAGACUCCCGGCGUGCUGGAGGUCCUCAGACAGGCAAACAUCCGCACGGUCAUGGUUACAGGUGACAAUAUACUGACCGCUAUCUCAGUGGCACGGGACUGUGGCAUGAUCCUGCCCGAGGACCGAGUCAUUAUUGCUGAUGCCCUGUCCCCUAGAGAUGGCCAGGUGGCCAGGAUCAACUGGCGCUAUGCAGACAACCCCAACAAGCACUCCAGCAAGCCUGAGGAGGUGGAGAUUGGUGUGGAGGACGGGCCUGAAGAACUAAGGUCUGUGGAGAAGUACCACUUUGCCAUGAGUGGCAAAUCAUUUGCCGUCAUUACUGAGCACUUCCAGGACCUGCUCCAGAAGCUGGUGCUACAUGGAACAGUUUUUGCAAGAAUGUCUCCAGACCAGAAAACCCAGCUAGUGGAGGCUCUACAGAGCGUCGAUUACUAUGUUGGAAUGUGUGGAGAUGGAGCCAAUGACUGUGGGGCCCUGAAAAGAGCUCAUGGAGGUAUCUCUCUCUCUGAACUGGAGGCCUCAGUGGCUUCCCCUUUCACUUCCAGAACUCCCAACAUCUCCUGUGUGCCCAGCUUAAUCAGAGAAGGCAGAGCAGCUCUCAUUACGUCUUUCUGCGUGUUCAAGUUCAUGGCCCUGUACAGCAUCAUCCAGUACCUCAGCGUCACCCUGCUCUACUAUAUCCUCAGCAACUUGGGGGACUUCCAGUUCCUGUUCAUUGACAUGGCCAUCAUCCUUGUUGUUGUGUUUACCAUGAGUCUGAAUCCGGCAUGGAACGUGCUGGUUUCUCAGCGUCCCCCCUCAGGUCUGAUCUCAGGCCCUCUGCUCUUCUCCGUACUCACUCAAAUCCUCAUCUGCCUUGGCUUCCAGACCUUCACCUUCCUGCUCGUGCGUAACCAGGACUGGUACGAGAUAUGGAGCCCCGAGUCAGAUGCCUGCAAUACGUCCUCCUACAGCAAUCUCUCGCAGAACUCCUCAGAGAUUGAUGACCACAACAUCCAAAACUACGAGAACACUUCCCUGUUCUACGUCUCCUCCUUUCAGUACCUCAUCGUUGCCAUCGUUUUUUCCAAAGGCAAACCAUUCCGUCAGCCCAGUUAUAAAAACUGGCCUUUUAUGGUGUCUGUGGUCAGCCUGUACAUAUUCCUGUUAGUCAUCAUGCUCUUCCCCAUCUCUGAUAUCGAUGAUGCUUUACAGAUUGUGUGUGUUCCUUUCAACUGGCGUAUCACUGUGUUGAUUAUAGUGCUGGUUAACGCUGCCGUGUCAGUCUUUGUCGAGACCUUCGUCCUUGACGUCGUCUUAUGGAAGCUUGUGUUCAGCCGAGACAAGCAGGGCAGCUAUGGUGUCCCCCCUGCAGCCCCGCCACCACAGGAAGGAGGUGACUUGUGUACAUCAAGGUUCUUCUCGUGGCUGUGUUGCCAGCGUAGGAAGGUGCCCAAAGCACGCUACAUGCAUCUGGCCCAGGAACUCAGCGUGGAUCCGGACUGGCCCCCCAAACCCAAAACCACCACAGAGGCCAAACCUCCGCCUCAGUCAGAAAAUGGCUCCUACCAAAUCAUGGCUGCUUCCUAGCACCCCUCCACCACCACCCCAAAGCUUUCCCCUCCCACUUUUUUGGAUGCUCUCAUAUCAUGGAUCAUCACAGGAUCACCAUUAGAGAGAAAAAUGCAUUUUGUCACCAUGACGACAUUUUAUUUUUUUUAUUUUGUAAGAACUAUGAAACAGACAGAGUUCUCUCUACAGAGGCACCGUAAGCAAGGUUGUUUAUUAUUCUUCAUAUUUUUGCCACUGCUUCAUCUUUGUACACCACAGGCUGGGAACUGUGGAUGCUCCACACAAGGAGAUGGGACAUAUGAUCGCACCUGGACCACACUGUCUACAAUAGUUAUUUUUAUCGUCUGUUAGCUUAGCCCCAAGUAUCCGAUUGAAUGGGCUGCAUGCUAAAGUCUUGGGGGACAUCAGCAAUCUGCAUGUGGAGCCAACCAAACUGUAACAGCUUCAGCAGACAGUAUUUGCCACCAGUCAUUUUUGUAAACAACAACAACAACAAAAAAAAAUCCCAACUUGUAUAACGCGCUUUUUGUAUUUCUUCCCAUGGAAGAAUAGAGUCAUGAUUAAGCAGUCGUGGGCCAAAGGAAUGGUGUGUAAUUUUUGGGUGAUUGAGCGACACCGAUUAUGGAAGACCACUCUUAUUAGCAGAAAUCGCAAUCCUCACAGUGAUUUUCUAUUCAGACGUCUCUGAACAGAAGAGCAGCCAGCCAGCCGGUACACACUGAUGACUGAUUAUUCCUGUGUAGUGUUCAGGGGGCCUUCACGAUGAAAUGCCCUUGAUGGUUUUUACAUUUCCAUGAAGCAAAAAUGUCAAGGCUAUUAAAAACCACGCCCAUUAAUUGAACCUUCAAUGAUGUGAUACGAGCUUGUCCGACCUACCCUUAAAGAAGCAGAGCAGUUUAUUUAAACAAACAACCAAAACAAAAGAGCCAGUCAUUUGUUGUCCAACAGUAUGGAUGGAAAGAGUUGAAAAUGAUUGAAGUCCAAUCCAAUAGAGGACUUAAUUGUAUUCCAGUCAGAAUUACAACUACCGCUAUGCUACAUUUCAUCAUAUGCAAACUAUUAUUGUUUUUUCUCCUCCGAAAAUAUUUCAAUAUAAUUUUUCAGACAUAUCAAAUAUGAAUUUUGCAUCUUGUUUGUUUGUUUGUUUUUUUUGCAUGUCUUGUCCUGCGAGCGCAGAUUCAGUAUAAAAAUCGAACUUUUAAUGCGUCCCUUGUUCUUCAAAAUGAAAUGCUGCUUUUAAGAUUCAGUCCUUAAUGGCUUAGUGAUAUAACUUAAUGUUGAUGAUGAUGAUGUGUUUGGGAUGUGUUUCUGCUGAGAGAUGGCAUUCUCUGCAUUUUGUUUUUCUUCUUUCAUUUCUCUCUUUCCCCCUCUCAGUAUACACACCAGCACCCAGAGUAUGACAUUUUUACAUUUCACAUUCACAUGUCCAGCAUUUGGCAGACUCCCUUAUCCAGAGCGACUUACAUUUAUCUCAGUUAUACAUCUGAGCAGUUGAGGGUUAAGGGCCUUGCUCAAGGGCCCAAGAGUGCCAGCUUGGCAGUGAUGGGGUUUGACCUCUUGACCUUCUGAUCUUAACCACUGAGCUCCCACUGAUCCACAUGACGCAUACCAGCAGUUUCUAUUUUAUAAAUGUAAAAAGUACGACGCUGAACUGAUUAGAGGCGAUCGUAUUGUAUUAGGAUCUUGAGAUUAGAUUGGACACUAAUGCAGGUCAGAAAGCACAGUAUAAACUACAGUCAGCCAUUUUCAUUCCUCUGAGGUUUUAAUAUUGAACACUGUCUGUAGGCUUCGUGGUUAGGGGUUAAUGUACAUUUAUUUAUGCUUGCUCAAACUCCACUUUUCCCAAUCAGCUUUUUUUUGUAUUUUUCCUCGAUUGUGGAUUUUUUUUUUUCUUUCAGCGAAAGGGCUAUAGCUUUACAAAUUUUGUUCAUUCCUAUUUUUGGUACCUUUUUAAAAAAAUUUUUUUUUUUUUUUAAUCAACGAUCAUGCGUGACUGUCUGUAUGUGAUUUUGUAAAGUCUGCACUUCUUGUUACACAAUUGUCCGUCUUGUCAUUUCCUUGGUGCAAACGUGCUCAUGAUCAUUUCUGCAAGGAAGGAUUGAUAUUUAUUGUAUUGUAGUUUGUUGAGGUAGCAAGGAUGAAUGAUCAGCGUUAAGCAAUGUGCAAGAUCUUGUUCUUACAUUAUUUAAUGUCCAUGUGACCCUUAAAAAAAAAAGAUGCAUAUGUAAUUCUUUAAAAAAGAAAAAUCCAACUUGCAUCAUCCCACACUGGAUUUGGCCGACAGGACAGGACGAUCGCUUGUGUGUAGUACUUUGGGUAUAUGGGGAAAUGUUAAAUUAUUUUUUGUUUUUUUGUUUUUAAAAUUGUUUGUCAUUUCUAUUUAAAUCAGUUUGUGUAUAAUGCUGUUUUUGUGUGUGUGCGCGCGUGUCUUUUCUUUUUCCGAGAAAGGAAAACGAGAGCUAGCAGACAUGAUGACACGGAGAUGUCGUAUUUAUAAGUCCUGCAUCUUAUUACUCAACUCACACCUGAAGUAUUUCAUAACCGCUCAAAAGUUAAUCUAGUAUGUCCUUCCUUUAAACACCGUUUCAGUCAGUUGUGUGCCGACGUGCGUUUUCUGAAAGAAAAAAAAUCAAUAAAAGGUACAUAAAAUUACCCAAGGAUGAAUCUUGGUCAGUGAAGAGGGUUUGUUCUAGCCAGGUUAUUGAGUAAUAUGCAUAUGUAAAUGGAGGACAUGUUUUGUCUUUGUUUAUUUGUUUUUUAAAUGCACAUGGAACGUUUAUAAUGCUUUAUCGCAGAUCCUAAACACUGCCCAUCGUCAACAUGCGUUUUUUUUUUUGUUUUGUUUUUUAAAUAGCUUAGAAUGAUUUUGCAAAAUCAGUACAAAUCUGCACAUGUACAUGAUGUAUGCUUUACUCUAAACACCAUCACUUUUUUUUUAUUUUUAUUUUUUAUAUAUAUGUGGAUGUGCUUACAGGAAAAUUAUUGUUAUUAUUAUCGGUGGUUUAAUUUCCUCAGGGAAAUAUGUUUGAAUAUCUUCUGAAUAAAAGAUUGACACUGAAUGAGUGCAAA